GACCGGUGUUAUGUAGAACCACCGCCUUGCCGCGCCGCCCGGGAGAAGAGGAGAAAAAAAAUGGUGGCCAGAAACCUCGUCGCCCGCGUCCGGCCCCGCCUCGCGCGGUCCCUCGUGGGCCACCUCCGCCGUGGCUACGCGCCCCGCGCCUCCGCCUCCGCCGCCGCGGCCACCGACGAUCUCGUCAUCGACGAGGACCCGCCGCGCGCCGCCUCGCCUUCCUCCGCCGCCGUGGCGGCCACCGCGCCCACUAUCCUGCAGCCGCGCGUGCUCAUCUACGACGGCGUCUGCCACCUCUGCCACCGCGGGGUCAAGUGGGUGAUCAGGGCGGACAAGCAUGCCAAGAUCAGGUUCUGCUGCGUGCAGUCCAAGGCUGCGGAGCCAUACCUGAGGCUGGUCGGCAUGGACCGGGAGGACGUCCUGCGGCGUGUGCUCUUCGUCGAGGGGCAUGAAGCCUAUUAUGAGGGCUCUACGGCUGCACUGAAAGUUGCAUCAUACCUACCUCUUCCCUACUCAGUCUUGAGCUCCUUGUUGAUCAUCCCCGACCCACUGCAGGAUGCAGUCUACGACUACAUUGCAAAGAACCGCUAUGACUGGUUUGGCAAAGAUGAUGAAUGCAUCGCCACCAGGGACACACAGAUUCUCGAGCGCUUCAUCGACCGGGAGGAAAUGCUUGGUGGUGGUCCCAGCAAUAGCUUCUUUUGAUCAGAUCUUCGGCUGUGCCGUUUCUCACACUUAACUGUAGGCAAGAGAUGUAAAUGAUCUUCACAUCCAUCUAGGUACCGGUGUUUAGUUUUCUUGAACCCUGGAACUUCAGCUCCACUUCCUUUAGUCAUUAACGGUGAUGCACCAUACACCCUUGCAAAGGUUUAUCAGGUGUAUUCCAUUUCGCCUGCAAAUCUUCAGCUAGUUGAUAUCAAAAGGAAUUAGAAUUUUGUUUGUAA